AGCGAUACGAAAAUGGUGAGGUAGCUGCUGCAGUUAUGAAUCAGAAUAGGAAUAAUCAAGAAAGAGAUGACAGCUAUCAGAACAUAGGCCGUGGUUCACGGGGCUUCCAAAAUCGACCUGGUGGCUCGGUUCAAAUGCACUCAAAUCUCAAUCCAAACUAUCAAAAUCCAGUAGAUUUAGUUCAUAAUUACAAUCGUAAUCGACAACUACAGGAACCAGAAGAAAAUAUUUAUGAAAGACUGGAUAAUGACGACGACGACGACGAUGAAAAUACUGAAAAUAAUAAUGAAGUUGCUCAUAAUGAACCCACGGUCCAAAAUAAUCAGGAUGACCACACAUAUGAAAGAAUAGACGACCGGUAUUCUUGUGGUAGUAGAACGUAUCCUCGUUGCUAUAAAUACCAUAUUUUAAAUCAAUAUAUUCCAAGUUUUUUAAACGACAUGGAAUCUAGAAAUCAGUAUGAUCAGCCAAGACAAUUUUAUCUAGAUUCAUCACGAUUAUCUAAUCAAUUUUGUCAGAAUAGAUUAGGUAGGCUAGGUCGUAACUGUUUUUCGACAGAAAAUAUUGCUUACGCGUCAACUGGACGUGCCAUUUAUCCAUUCGGUUAUAACUGCAUGUGUUCAUUUUGUAGACAUAUAGAUACAAGAUAUUUGUGUCAUCAUUGCCAUAAUUUGCAUAAUAGAUUACGUUAUCAAGAUGCAUUUGGAAAUAAUUCUAGACAUUACAUAUAUCAGUUACCAAGGAAUUGUCGAUGCCCCUUUUGCCGCGGUGAAUACUCUUAUGUAAAACUGCCUGUUACAUCUUGCCGACCUGCUGAAUCAUCGAGGACGGAAUGUCAUUGUAGAAAUCCUAAUAAUUGUUCUUGCAGAGGGAAAGUUCUACCCAAUUCUAACUCUGCUGCGCAAUUUAGCAAAUAUCUUGAUUGGAUUAGUAGAGGUAGUCCAUCAGUUAAUAAUCCACUGUAUGCUACAGUUCAUAUUGGUAGACCCUGUGUUUCAGCUCUUGGAAGUACAACUGGUGGAGGAAAUUUAUUCAAUAACGUAGAUCCUGGCGCUUCGACGUCAAAUGCAUCAGCAUCUAGUACAUUAUCAAAUAAUGAACCUAGUACAUCAAACAUUAGAUCUAUGUUUUCUUCGCAUAAUUCUUCCACUACGCAUCCUUCUGUUUGUUCAGUUAAUCGUUCAACAGAACGUCAACAUACGUGUGACGAUUCGUGCAUUAGAAAUCAGAGUGGAAGUGUUACUGGCAUUUGUCAGUUUCUUGGUAGAUGCGAAAGAGCAGAAUGUAAUCAUGGUAGAUUAUCUGUGCAUUGGUGGUUCAUACAUAGGUGGUUGCCAGCUUGGAAUCCUCAUUAUUUUGAUAGAAAUAUGGACACUGUUCCUCCAAUGGAAGAAGAACCUCAAGAGCAGCAAGGAAGUGAUAGUGAUGAUACUUAAUUCCAGAAUUUCUACUGCAUGAUACUCUUUAUAUCAUCAAAAAACAAAAAUUUUGUUUAUAUUUUGAUAUAUGGAUUUGUUGUCAUGUAUUAAUUUCUCAUAAAUAUUAUUUACCAUUAGUCAUGAAAUAUGAUUACUAAAGUAAUACAAGACACAAUAUCUUCAUUGUAUUCCUUUGUUUGUAAGAAAAGGAUAGUGAUAAAACUGAAAAGUGUUAUAUUUUGUGAUAUCUGAUUAAAAAUACGCUUUUCUCAAUAUUAAUGAUAUUGAU